UGUUGGUUGACUGACGCAAAACAUACAUUUAUAAAUGAAUGACAACUUCAGUGUGCACUUUAAUAAAUUAAAUCUGGCAUUUAAUAAAAUCUAUUAUUGAUGAAACAGCAAGUAACAAUUCUGUUGAACUACGUGUUUCUGCGAAAAAUGUAAAAUUGAUAACGGAUUUUACGAAACAUUUCUAAAAUACAAGUCAAAAUAAAAUUUCAUUGCAAGAAAGUAAAAGUGAAUAUGUAUGGUAGAUUUUUAAGUAUCCUCAAUACGGUAUCUGUGAUCACUAUUUCCCGAUAUUUUAGCUAUGUUGGCACAACGGAAGUGGUUGUGGGAGUUGCACGCGCGGUUCCGCUCUUCAAUACUGCCAUUUCCGGUUCAGCUUUCUUGCAGAUAGCCGCGAACAGUAGGAUCAAAUGUUUGUCGGAGUGUUCACAACGGAAUUGUUCUUCGUUUAAUUUUGGCAGUGGAGAAUGUCAUUUACAUAACACAUAUUUGUGCGACGAUGGGGGACAGUCUUUGGUUUCCUGGUCAGGAUUCAAGUACUAUGACGUAGAAGUGGGUCCUAUGAUACCGUAUGCAGACACUUACAGAAACUCUCCGGACUGCCUCACAUUGGGAAGAUGUUCGCCAAAAUGCUAUACGGCAACCACCACCACAACUACUACACCAGCCCCGACCACAACUACUGCCACUACUACUUCAACCACAUCGACAACCACAACUACUACACCAGCCCCGACCACAACUACUGCCACUACUACUUCAACCACAUCGACAACCACAACGACUACACUGGAACCAACAACAACAACAACUACCACACCGGCACCGACUACGACCACUGUUACAAUGGCACCAACAACAACAUCUACCACACCGGCACCAACAACAACAACUACCACGGCGGCGGCACCAACAACAACAACUACCACACCGGCGGCACCAACAACAACAGCUACCACACCGGCACCAACAACAACAACUACCACACCGGCACCAACAACAACAACUACCACGGCGGCGGCACCAACAACAACAACUACCACACCGGCUCCAACAACAACGACGACGACUACACCAGCUUCGACCACCACCACGACAACAACUACGACACCGGCUCCAACAACAACCACUACACCGCCGGCAGCGACCACAACAUCAGGUGGGGGAAUAGGUGAUAUACAUUGGCCGUGCCAUCCAAACGGAAGUUGUAAUGACCCACUCUCUGAUUGUAGGAACAUUUUCAUAUGCGAAUGUGUGGCUGGCUAUAGUUACAACCCGGCAACAGAAUCAUGCGUAACAACAUGUCCAUCAGGAUUUGACAAUUCAUUCGAAAAAACGAGUGGAUAUUACGUUUUCUCAAACAAUUUUGCGGUAUAUUUGAGUAUUUUUGAUAUAGCCGAUUGUGAAAGCAUCUGCAUAGCGGAUUCGUCAUGUGCGUCUUAUGAGUAUGACUACAUGAUGUUCGAGUGUCACAUAGCAUAUGUUACAGAACACGGGCACGAGACUGACUGGACGUCAGACCCAUGGUUUGAGUACUACCAACGAAACUGUCUGUGAUACACCCUGCUGACAGUGCGCCGUCUAAACAUGCACCAUUUUGCAAAAAGACGUAACUUUUUAAAUGAAAUAUAAAACUAUGUCAUAUUUAGUUCAUUCUUGGGAACACAUAUUGUUGUACAAAGUGAUUCACUCUAGUCAAUUUAACCAAACGUUUCAGGGACAAAUGGUUUUGUUAAAAUAAUCAUUAAACGGCGUCCCAUAAGAACCCAGAUAAAACCAACGACCGCACCUAGGUCAGAUGAAAAACAUAAUUAAAGUAAUCACUUGUUUUUGUUCAUCAAAGUGUUUUCAACUUUGUUAGAUUUUUCAGUUUCAACGAAAAUAAUGGUAGAAGAAUGUCCAGAGUGCCCCUCUGGACUACUGGGUAAAACUAUCGAUCUCCUGCCAGUCAGCAAUAGACACUUUUAAAGGGAAAAUCCAGUAUCCUAAAGCGAGGGUUUCAAACUCAUAAAUAUGUGGGAAAAGUCUUUGCAGAUUUUCAUAAAUUAGUCGAUUGUAAAAGUUUAAUUUAGUGGAAAUCACAUAAAAGUUGUAAAUGAAAUUGAAAAAGAAAGUAUUGGAGUUUUUUUAUUAUUAUUAUUUCAGUUGAAUAUGCAGAGAUGAACAGAGUCCUUUCAUUUAUUGUUGUUUAUCUGUAGUACUCACACCCUAUUGAUUAUUGAGUACGUGUAGGUGUUUUAUUACAUUACAUCAGAAAUAAAUUUUCAUCUCUUUC